CGUUGUUUAAGCACGGUUCGACUCUCGCAAAUAGAAUUGUACAUUUCAGAAGCUAAAAGACAAUCUUGUAAGUUAAAAAGAAUGUUUGUAAUAUCUUUAGUUUAUGGUGAUAAAUUAUUGCUGUGGAAGGGCGGGGUGCAAUGAUUUAUUAAACAGCUAGUUUGAUUACACCAUUUUAACAAUAUAUUUUUUAUAUAUAUUUUUCUUGAAUGGACUAUCUGUUUGAGAUAGAUUUUUUUUUUAAUGACACACUGUUUAUAUGUACAUUGGAUUGAUUCUUCAAUAGUUGACUUUAUUUUAUUUUAUUAUGACAAGCUGACCCUGUAGUAAAAUAUCUUGUAGUAAAUAAUGAAUGACUACUAUUUGUUUCCUUGAGAAGCUAAUCCAGCCAUAGAGUAUGUGCGUGUAUGUGUUUGUGAGGGGUGCAUUUUUUCAAGGAAAUAAUGUCAUAUAGCAUAAUAGUAUUACUUGUAAGAGUUCAAAUACUUUUAUGAAAGAAAUUGGACUUCAAGGUCAGGGUUUAUCUUUAAAUAGUUAAGUAAAAUUUAAAGAAGAAGAAAAUAAAAAUCUGACUAGCAACAGUCGAUCGCGUCUCAUUUAUUUGCAAUGUUAUUAGCACUAUGUCUAAUUUUAAAUGAUUAUUUGGAGUUAAAAUGAGUUUAUUCAUUUGAGAGUUUACACAUGUAUAUAUUUUUAAACCAAGAGUAUCGUAAUGAUUGUGUGUGUUCCCCCCCCUGGUUGUGUUUAUAUAAUAGUUUAAAUAGUUUGAUUUUUUCCUGUAAAUGAAAUUGUUUUAACAGCAGAUGCUGGUUUUUAAAAAAAGCACCUUUUUUCUUUUUUACUAAAUUUUUUCUUAGCUACGAAUCAAGUCUAUAUGAUAAAAAAAAUGUAUGAUAAUUAUCUUUAUAAGGGGUAAUGGAAAUUAUAUUACCUGAGUUAUAUAUCCAUAAAAAAGAAUGGACAAAAUGAUAUAAUUUUAUAUCUCCUAGCCAUUGAAACAGGGGGCUUGGGUUAUAUGGCUACUGAAAAUAUUGAAAUCGCAACAGUCUAACUAACCAUUUAAUAUUUAAUCAAGAUCUUUAAAGUCUUUUGGAGUUUAAUUUUGUUCUAUUAUUAUUAUAUAUAUAUAAAUGGAACUGCAAAUAAAAAGCAAUAUUUUACUUGUAUCCAUUUUCAGAAAUCCUUAAAUUUAUCUUCAACAAUGGCUAAUCAAGGUAAAGAUGUUGAUCUUCUGCUUAUCGGUAAAACUGGGAACGGGAAAAGUGCUCUAGGAAACAUGCUUCUUAAACGAGACUUGUUCGAAAGCAAGGCGGUGAUGACCUCUGUUACAAAACGCAUGCAGAUUAAUCAUUCUGAUUUCUACGGUCGUGUCAUCACGGUUGUUGACGGCCCUGGUAUUGGAGACACUGACCUAGACGCUGAGGCCGGUAUUAAACUUGCUGUUGAUUCCAUAAAACUCAGCAUAGCGGCCAGUCCAGAUGGUUAUCAUGCUUUUCUAUUGGUUGUUAGGUUUGGGGGAAGAUUCACGAAAGAAGACAAGAAAACCAUCGACAUUUUGAAGGGAAUUUUCGGAACUGAUUUUGUAAAAAAAUAUUGCAUUCUGUGUAUGACAUGUGGAGACAACUACAAGGAAAAGGAAAGUUUUAGAGAUUGGUGCAAGGCUCAAACGGGUGUUUUUGACAAUUUAGUCAAAGAGUGCAAUGGUAGAGUUGUACUGUUCGACAACAUUACAAAAGAUUCUAAAAAAAUUGAUAAACAAAUAAAUGAACUGUUAUCACUUGUAGAUGGAUUGGCUGCUUCUGGACAUCGGUAUAGAGAUGACCAUUUUAGAAAAGCUCAAAAAGAAAGAGACCGCAUUAUGGUUGAGGCAAAAGUGCCAAUGAUUCAAAGAAAAACAAUGAAGGAAGCCAGUCUCAUCAUUCAAAAAUUGGGUAAGUUUAACGUGCAGGAGCCACAGCAAAGAUUGAAAGCGCUUGAAGGACUUGCACAAAGAGCACAAAUCCUGGUAGACAGUGUCCUGGCUCAAGAUAAAGGCACCGGCGCUUUGAAAGUUAUUAUCAACAACGCUAGGAACAUUCAAGGCAACGUACAAGAACAAAUAAGAAUUACAAAGAAUGCAAUAGACAACGAAGUAAAGAGACGGGAGCAUAAAGCAGAGAUGGACAGAUUAAAGGCACAGCUGGAAAAACGCUUACAGGAACAAAAAGAAGGGGAUAGAAGAGCUGCGGAGGCUAAAAUUGCUCAGAUUGAAAAAGAAGAGCAUGAAAGGCGGGCCAGAAUGGACGAAAUGGUGCGAGGAAUGAUGAGAAAGACACAACAAGUUGAGAAAGAGUAUGUUCAGGUU